AUGACAUCUACAGCCAUGCGCGCUUGUGUAUUUGGGCUGCUCGUCACAAGCUACCAGCACCUUCCGCACUCCGAAGCUGCACGGGCGUUCACAAUCGAUUAUGAAAGGCAAACGUUCCUAAAGGACGGCAAGCCCUUCCGGUUCGUCGGAGGCGCGAUGCACUACUUCCGGGUACCACGGCCCUACUGGGACGACCGGCUGCGGAAGCUACGAAUGGGCGGCCUGAACGUCGUCGACUUCUACAUCGACUGGAGCGGUCACGAGCCGGAACCCGGACAGUACAACUUCCGCGACAACUACGACCUGGCCGCCUUCCUAGAAGCACUGAAGAAGGCCGACCUGCUGGCCCUGGUGAGACCGGGACCCUUCGUGUGCGGCGAAAUCGACAACGCCGGCUUUCCCUACUGGCUGGUCAGAAAGCACCCCCACAUUCGAUACCGGACGAUGCAGAGAGAGUACACUCGGGAAGUGGAGAAGUGGUUCAACGUCCUCUUCCCCAAGAUCGUCCCGUACCUCUACAAGAACGGCGGGCCCAUCAUCUUGGUUCAGCUGGAGAACGAGUACGGCCACCUGGACGGCUACUGCGACCCCAACUACAUGGAGUUUAUGCUUCAAAUGCAGGAAAGGCUCCUGGGCAAGGAUGUGGUCAUGUUCCGAAGCGACUCCCCCGUACAGUCGAGGUACGACUGCGACUGGGUUCGCGACGUCCUCGUGGCGGGCAACUGUUACCCCAAGACGAACGUUUCGGAAACGUUCGGCGCCAUCCGUCGGGGAAUGGUGAAGCCGGGAGGCCCGAUUCUGGUGCCGGAGUACUACACCGGUUGGAUGGACUACUGGGGCUACGCGCACAACAAGGAGGACCCGCGACACGUCAUCAAGACCUUCGAGGAGAUGAUGGACCACGGAGCCAACGUGGUUUUCUACAUGUACCACGGCGGGACCAGCUUCGGCUUCAAGGCAGGCACGAGCAACACGGCGCCUCUGGUCAGCAGUUACGAUUACGGGGCGCCGCUUGCCGAGGACGGCGAUCCUAGGCCUUACUACUACCAGAUCCGGAGGUCCAUUAGCAAAUACAUGCCAGUUCCCAAAGGACCACUCCCGCGGCGAUCCCGGAAGCUGCGCCUCGACGCGGUUCGUAUGAACGAAGGCACUCCGCUGGACAGGGUAAUGCGACACUUCCGGGACAAGGGGUUGCUCAGGCAAAAGCAGUCCACGCACCCGAUGACGUUCGAAGAGUUUGGCUUGGACUUUGGCUUUAUGGUAUACAAAACGAGAGUCCAAGUGCGGCGCGCUCGUAAGUACAACGUCACGCUGCACGGCCUGCGGGACCGCGCGCACUUGUCAGUGCGACAGGAACGUCACGUGAUACAAGCGUUCACCAUGAACGAAGACGAACAGCCGAAGCUGUAUGAAAAAGUGCUCCUUCGGGGAGGAGAGAAGAUGUCCAUUUUAGUAGAAAACAUGGGGCGGGAGGACUUCGGCCCCAAGAACAAGGACCCGAAGGGAAUCAGACGUGUGACGGCAGACGGCUCGAACAUGACAGGCUGGGUUAUGGAAGCCGUUCCCGUGACGCGUAACAGGGACGUCAGCGAACUGAUGCGUUUCCUGAAACGACGCAGCGGCGAGGCUUGCAAAGGCCCGCCGUGUUUCUAUUACGGCUCUUUCGUGCUACCGAAGGGUCAGGCGCGUCUGGACACGUUCCUGGACCCGUCCAACUACACCAAGGGCAUCGCUUUCGUCAACGGCAUCAACCUCGGCCGUUACUGGCCCGCGGUGGGGCCGCAAGUGACACUUUACGUCCCCGCCGUCUUCCUGCGACCGCACCCCGAAGAGAACAACGUCAUCAUGAUGGAGAUCGACCAAGUGCCCAAACGAGGUCAGCGAGGAGUCAGCUUUGCGAACAGGCCACGGUUGGAAGGCUCUGUGGAACGGCCUCGUGCUUAG